AACAUCAGUGUCUCUUCCUCAAUCCUGUUCCGGGAACCGGUUCACCAACAGCCUUUGAACUCUGAGCUCCUUCUUUCAGCAGGACAAACAGCCAGAACAGGACAGAGUUAGCCGGAAGUAGCAUCCACUAGUGUUAUCUAGACUGUCACUUAAAGUCCAAAUGAAAAACGUCGAAUCUUCUGAUUGCAAUCUGACAACAUUUUAAUGUGAAUGGGACUGAAAGCACUCAGCUAUUUAUGAAAUAUGUGGUAGCUUGUCUCCACCAGUGCUCCCAGCAGCAGCAGCAGCAGCAGGUGGCUCAGCCCAGUCCAGGUGGCAGCCAGGAGUUUAACACCGGCUGCUGGAGCCCUGAAGGACGGACGGACGGUCAGACACCAGGCCCCGGUCAUGGCAUUUCUCCCCCGCCUCCCCUCCUUGCUGUGGGUGGAGGGGUGGGGGGCAUCGCGAUCAGCGCAGCUAUUUUGAAAGUGACCCCCUCAUUCAGGCAGCGACUCUGCAGCUGUCCGGAACCAUGACUGAAGAUGACGGAUUCUGUUGUCGUGGAGGGAUACGCCAGACUCAGAGAUGGGAAGAAGUGGAGGACUAGGUGGCUCGUGUUUCGUAAGCCGUCGCCUGUAGCAGAUUGCCUCGUUUUAGUGGUUUUUAAAGACAAAUCAGACAAACUCCAGAGCAACAGAGAGAGGGCGAGCGUCACCUUGGAGGAGAUCUGUGGCCUGGAACCUGGACCGUGGUAUGAAGGCGUGGCUUUCACUCUGACCGUCCUCUGCCUGAACCAGGUCGCGCUGCUGGGCUUCGACAGCAGGGAAGCCCUGCAGGCUUGGGAGCUCCGCCUGCGCUACGGCCUUGGAGAGGUUCACAGAUUCUGCGUUGGGGUUUUACCAGGGACCAAGCUGGAGAGCGGACCUGCCACUCUUCACCUGUGCAACAACCUUCUGGCCCUCGUCCGGGACUUUCCUCCCGUCAUCAUCGGCCACUGGAACCUGCCGGACCUGCGCAGAUACGGACCGGUGCCGAAUGGAUUCGUGUUUGAAGGGGGAACAAGAUGUGGAUACUGGGCUGGUGUUUUUCUUCUGGCAUCUGCAGAAGGCGAGCAGAUCAGCUUCCUGUUCGACUGCAUCGUCAGAGGCAUCUGCCCCAGCAGAGGUCCGUUCGGACUGCGGCCCGUUUUGCCAGAACUCAAUUCAAGCCAAACAAAUUCAGAGGAGAAGCUGAACCUGGAAACCCAGGAGCUGGAGAAGCGACUGAGCAUGCUCUCUAGUGAGAGCAGCACAGCAAUGCAGAGUCACAAACACGAGUCAAAGGACGAGCGAGGCGAAUCAGACUGCUGUACCCAGUGGGAAACUUUAAAAAAACACAGUGACGGAUGUUUGGAUAAAACCAAAGUCUCAUCCACGUACUUUCCAUCUGCUGGGGGAGACGACCGCAGCAUAUCUGGCUCCUCCGACACGUCCGACACCAGCCAGUCAGACGGCAGCAUCGGCAGCAGGUUGGCCAUUUGGACCGAACCCGCCUCAAACGCCACCGGAAGCGCUAAGGUGCCUCUGCAGACUGUAGAGAAGCUUUCAGCCGGCCAGGGAGGCGGGGGCCGACCUUCGGCCAAGCCGCCCCGGCAGCUUCAGGACAUCGGCCGUCAGAGCUCUUCAGACAGCGGCAUCGCCACCGGCAGCCAGUCGUCCUACUCCGGGAGCUUCUCCUCGUACACAGGCAGCCUGGACAUCGCCCCAGGGGAGGAUUUUAGCUCCGUGUUCAGUUUACCCCCACAGCUGGCUCAAGAGCUAAGCCCAUGCAGUUGCCCCACUGCUCCUGGACAGGAGUACCAGGUGCCAACAACGCUUCUUGGGUACCUCUAUGACUCUCCCAGGAGAGUGUUGCAUGAAGCGAGUGGGGGCGACAAAGACUGUGAGCCCUUUAAAACAACUGAAGACCACCCUGUUCCUUCAGACUGCCCAACAGAGUCUGAUUUGGGGGGCGCAGGUGGAGCGACAACAGCUGAGGUUCAGUCAGAGGCGACGGAUGGACAGUCAGAUCCUGCACACGCACAGGGCCCUUCAAGUGACGGCAGGAAAACAAAGGCGCUGCCCUCUAGUGGGUCCUCUCUUACCUGCAGCUCCCUCUCUGCCUCCAAAACUGUAGUGGCCAUCUGCUCAGUGUGUGGUGGGUUUAAGGGUAACCCCUACUUCCAAAUGGGUUCUUCAGGAAUACCAACCUUACCAGUGAAGGAUACUCUGGACACGUCCCGGGCCUCCACUGGAUGCAUGACAGAGUCGCCAAGAGUGCAGCCGGGUGAGGAGUCGCUGCCGCCAAAGAGAGGAGAGAGAAAAAUAGCCGACCUCUUAUCUGAUCUGCUCAGCUUCCUGAGUGCAGGCGGCCGGCCGCACACGGCGAACCUGUACGAGUCAAUGAGCCCCGCUCCGGCAAAUGAGCUCAUCUUGGCACAGGCUGCGCCGCCGUGGGGCUCCCAGCAGGACAAAAGAGCUGUCGUUUAUGAAAACUGUUUGAAGUGUGGAGGAGAGCUCGGCCAGCCUCCGCUGCAGGUCACGCCUGCUAAAAUGCCCAGCAGGAGGGGCAUUCAUGGUUGUCGGAGCUUCCCGACUGGACUGUACCUGAAGAAAAGCCAAGGCAGUGACAGAACUGCUGAUGAGGAGCUGCUUGAUGAACUCCUCAGGGACGUUGAUGAGCGGCGUCGGCCGGAAGAUGUAAAUGACUCAACAGGAAGUGAAGAGAAAACGUUUGAUAGUAAAGAAGAACGACGCGGAGCUGGUCCUGCUUAUGAGGUCAUGGAGAGUCGGAUGCCGGAGAAACACCCAGAGGCUGAAGAGAAGAGCAAAUACGAGCUAAUGGGCAGCUACGGCCAGCGGAGGUUCCUCCAAGAGGCGGAAGGGGCAGCGUUUGUUUUCCCUCCAGAGGCUGCGCUUCCCGAGAGACUCCGGAGCGAAAGCGCCACGUACGUGAAUAUUCCCGUCAGCCCGACGUCUAAGAAACAACUCAACUACAUGGAGCUGGAGCUGCAGGAGCCGGGCCACAGCACCAGAGGGACUGUCGCACAUCUGCCGUCUCAAAGAAAGAGCUCCACCAGGUAUGCUCAGAUCGACAUCACCGCGACAGAGAUGGCUCACAAAGUUGGCAUGCAGCACGCCCUGGGCAGGCAGGAGGGUCUGCACAGCCUGGAGCGGAGGAGAAAGGGAACGCCGCAUUGACUCCACGCUUUGGAUUCGUUGCACUGGACUGUGUCCAUCAGAGAUGGGAAGAACUUGAUGGGAGCGUUUGUUUUCUGUUCUUUUACAAUUUCUAAGCACACAUUGGGUUCACACAUGCUAGAAUCCAAGAACAUGUCGUGUUCACGAUGUUAGGCCGGCUUCUGCUUCUGUGAUCAAGAAGCUGUGAUAACGGGUUGCGCGGUUUUGCGUGAAGCCAGGUGCAAUAUUUCCAUCUCGUUAGCUCAGAAGUUGGUUGCAUCAUUAAAUGGCGCUGCGCCAACUAAAAGGAGAAGGCACUGACCCAGAGAUGAGUCACGGCCCAAAUACCUCCCCCUCGCUCAGCUACACCUCAGCACCAUGUUGGAACAUGCCAUUUUAUGUUCCAAGAUGGGACAUAAAAUGGGAAAACAACAGAGAUGAAGCAAGAGGUAAUUAUUAAUUACGUUGUGCUAAGCCGCUCGCAUUUAGCCUAAACCGUCCGUCCAGUCUUACUCAGAGAGCUGUGCAGGAGAAGUAAAUGAUGAGUUGUGGUGGAAAGGAGAAUCUGUAAUUGUUUCACAUUUCUCCACUAUGCCUGGUGACCUGCGUUGGCCUGCUGUGACUAACAGAUGCUGUUUAUUGUUUGAACAGAAUCUGAGUGCUGCUUUCUUUCUUUCUUUCUUUCUUUCUUUCUUUCUUUCUUUGUUUCUUUCUUUCUUUCUUUCUUUCUUUCUUUCUUUCUUUCUUCUGUCAUCGUGGGUUGGGAUUUACUGUGGGAAACUAUUUAUGAAUUCUGCAAAGAUGAGAAAAGUAAUGUUUGGGGAUGUUUUUUUGAGAUUUUUAAAUGACUACAAUGUUCAUUUUGGGUUCCUUUAGUUUUUCCUCAUUUCUUGUGCGUAUGUUGGUAAACCUCAAUAGACUGUUGUUUUUGUCUCGUAUUCGGCUACGUUUCCCCUGCUGUUGACUUCAAGAAGACGUUCAUUUCAAGCAUAACAUUUGAUACAUAAGUUAAUAUAUAUGGAGAAUUUAUAAUUUGUGCUUUCUAGGUAAAAUUAUCUUUUUAGUAAAUUAUUUAUUACUACAACUUUGUGUGUAUUUCAGUGUUUACAGUUGCAGUGAAAAAUUUCCAUGCGCCCAUUAGGGGCCUUAAUUUAUGUUUUAUAUUUUUAAUGAUUGAUUAGACAAUAAUGCACCAGUACCACUAAUGGUAAACAACCCCCACAGCAUGCCUCUGCCCCCACCACGCUUUAUAGUUGGUGCAGCAUUGUUGGGUUUGAAAAUCUCACCUUGAUUCAUCCAAGCUCACCCAUUAACACUGAGACCAAAUCCUUUGACUGUCACAUUUCUCUCCAGAAGAUCUCAUUCAUGUAGGCAGCUGCACAUUUUAGUCUUUCUUCCAGCUGUAAAUGUUGGAGCAUCAGCUUCUUUUUUUGGUUGAUACUCUGUGGGCAGAGACACCCAUAAUCCUGUAUUUCCUGCUUCUUUGCAGCCUUGUGGCGUGUUCCUGAACUGACUAAUCUCCUUCCGUCUGAGCGUGUUGUUUUUGUCUUUGCCCAAGCUUUCCUGAAAAUGAGUAAAAUUAUCUUAAACUGGGGAAAAAAAGCAAAAGAUUAAAUAUUUGGUUUGCGCCCAUGGUUCAUAUUAUAGUGAGGUGCGCUCUAUAGUCCGGAAAAUACAGUAAUCCUGAAUUCUUUCAUCAAAAACUUCUUAUAAGUUAAAAUGUAAAGAUGAACUAGCAUGUCUGACAGGAACAUUGUAGUUUCCAUUGUAAUUUCUCUGCAGAAAAUGUUUUUAUCUGAAACAACUGAGUAUAAAAAUAUGUAAAAUGUUCUGGGAUAUGAAAUAUGCGUUUAUAAAAGUACAGACAAAAGUCAGAGUUUCAGAUUUAUUGAGAUUAGUGUCUUCUGUCUCUGGCUUUAGUUUUCUCGACUAACAUUGGUGGUGUAUUAUUACAGUUUGAUAAUCAUGUAAUGCAGUAAGAACGAAAACUGAAUCACACUCAUUUCCAAAAAAUGUGUAAAUUGUAAAUAAAAUGGGAUGAAUAUUAAA